GUCGCUGGGUUACCCGUAGUGGAAAGGAUCUUGACAGCGCUCAACGAUGCGAAUUUGAUGAUUCGUUAGUGGUAACUGGGUGUUGCGGUGCAAUUGUGCUCUUCCGCCGGACACUCCUGAAAUUACCGCAUCUAUUUUGUACCCAGCUAUCCAGAAUCGUGGAGCUCUUUCGGGUUCUACCAGCUGUCUCAGGGUUAACACCAUAGUUGCUCCAAAGUCUCUUUUUUCAUUCAAUGCACUGGGGCGCGGGUCUAGAUUGGUGAGUUUUCGACGCAUUUCGUGUGGACUCGGUUGUUGGAUGUAGUGCUCUGAAAUGCGGCUCCAUUCGGAUUCUCGUUAGGGACUCUUGCGUAUUAUCAGACUAUGCAGAUGGGUAGAGAUUGCAGAAUAUUGUAAUUCUGCCAGUUGCGGUGACAAUCUCAAUUGUGGUCGAGAGAGAAGGUGUUCGAGGGCAGAACAUAAUUUGUUGUUAGAAUCUCGGAGUCUUCGUACCAUUUGCGGGGGAAUCGUAAAACAUUCUUGAGGUUAAUCUGCACUGUUAGGGAAUGUAGUUUCAUCAAUGUUGCGCCUCCCGUUCAGCAGGUUCUUUCAGUGAAGUUUGGAGUUCUACACGUUUUGCCCUUGUUACGAAUAUUUGGACAACAUGAGAAGAGACAAGCACCUGCGCUUGUUGGUCACAUAUAUUAUAUUUUUGCUGGCUGCGAAUUCGUUCAGUAGUUUGUUGGGUGAAGCUGCUUCCGAGAAGAAUACGAAGAAAGGCGGUGAUCAAAAUGGUGAUCAGAAUGUAGCGGCUGUGCCUCCAGCCCAGGCCUCGAAACUGAGAUAUAAUCACUAUAGGACGACUAGAUGCUCAAAAGUAGAGUCUGUAGUGACAACUGAAGUUACCAAGAGGUCCAAACGAGACCCUACUUUAAUUGCUGCUCUGCUUCGCUUGUUCUUCCACGAUUGCUUUGCCAACAAACAAUGUGAUGCAUCGCUACUGAUUAAAAAAAUGCCCAAAAACGAAAAAACGGAGUUGCAUUCCGGUUCGAACGUCGGUAUCAAAGGCCUCGCAUUCAUGGAUUACCUCAAGACUAAAGUGGUGGAAUCGUGCAAUGGUUCGAAUAUAGUAUCAUGCGCCGAUAUACUUGCUCUUGCAGCCAGAGACGCUUACGUCCUGGCAAGCAAGCGUCCAGCGUAUCCAGUACUGUUGGGACGACUCGAUGGAAUGGUGUCGCUCGUCAAGGAUGCGGACUCCUUGCCUGGAGCUAGGACUCCCAUAAAUACUAUUGUCUCUGUAUUCAAGGACGCCGGAUUCACUACGGAAGAGGCUGUGAUCCUUUCAGGAGCACACACCAUUGGGGAAGCCAAGUGCAAGUUUUUCAACGAUCGUCUCCACAACUUUUUGAACACCAAGAAGCCCGACAGGACCAUGGAUCCGGCUCUUGUAGAGCAGCUGAAGAAGAUCUGUCCCAACAUGACAGCCAAUUUAGAGAGCCCCGCAUUCCUGGAUCAAGGUACUCGCAGAGUGUUCGACAAGAGCUAUUUCGUCCAGGUGACAAGACAAAGGGGUGUACUACAAUCGGAUCAAAACCUUUUCGCCAACGCAGCCACUAAACAAUUCGUGACAGGUUUGGCCUCCGGGACGGAAGAAAACUUCUUGUCGAAAUUCGAGAAGGCUAUGGCCAAGCUUGGCAACCUGGGUGCUACCACGAAUUACAAAGGCAACAUUCGAAGAGUGUGUUCUGUUCUAAAUUAGGCUAACAGAUGCUGUAAUUGAGCUAGAGGAGCACAUCCAUACGACCCCCGCUUAGGAAAACUACUGUCCAUGCAUACUUGAAACCCCACAUAUUCUUCUCAAUUGUUGUCGGUAGCAAGUUCAAUGUUCACACAAAGUUUAGUAUUUCCAACACCUUUCACUGGACCUUGCACCUAAAUGAAUGGGGGUGAAGUGUUCCCAUGCGCCAUCGCUGAAAGCUCAAGUUGGUGUGCAUGUGGGUAGUAAUCCUCUUUUUGCAUUGCAAUUGCACGUUGCGAUCAACUUCGAUGCAUCAAAUUCUUUCAUACCACGAAAUGUUCACAAGGAUAUUACGUCGCA